UGGAAGUCUUUAAUUAAAGAAAAGAGAGCGGAUGGAAGGAUGUUGAGGCAGUUUAUCUCGAGGUCUGCCCGUGAAUUUUUUAAGGGAUUUAAGCAGAAAUGCGGUAAUUUGAGAUACAGCACAGAGUCUUUUGCACAGGAGCCGUCAACAGCUAGAGCAUUGGUACCCAAAAAGUCGAGAUGGUUUCGCCGGACGUUAGUUUGUGCGGUAUUUGCAGGAGUUGGGAUUUGGGUCACAGAUAUGUGGAUCAACGAUGAUUUUGAUUCGGUCUACGAGUAUUGGAGGAAGCGACUACCAAUGGAGGAGAGAAUCAACAGGCCCAAAGUAGUGAUUAUAGGAUCUGGAUGGGGUGGAAUGAGUGUGUUGAGGAAGUUGCAUACGGACAAGUAUAACGUGACGAUGGUGUCGCCGAACAAUUAUUUUUUGUUUACACCGCUGCUGGCCAGCACAACGUCGGGGUUGUUAGAGGAGAGGUCGAUUUUAGAGUCCGUUAGGAGGUACUGCAACAAGGAGGGAAAGGAUGAGGUGAGGUUCGUGGAGAUGGAGGUGACAGAGGUGGAUCCAGUGGGACAGAAGGUGAUUUGCGAGGACAAGUCGAGAGUGAGGGGAAAAGUCUCGAAGAUUGAAUUAGAAUAUGACUAUUUGGUGAUGGCUCCAGGAGCAAAGCCGGCGACAUUUAACAUUCCUGGGGUUGAAGAGAAUGCAAUUUGUAUGAAGACAAUAGCUGAUUCAAGGAAUAUAAGAGAUCGGGUGAUAGACUGUUUUGAGACAGCAUCGAUCCCAGGGCAGUCUCCGGACGAGAUAAGUCGGCUGUUACAUUUUGUGGUGGUGGGAGGAGGACCAUCCGGGGUGGAGUACACGGCGGAAUUGCACGAUUUUGUCAAGAACGAUUUGAAAAAGACCUACCCGGAUGUAAGCAGCAACGUGAGAAUUUCAUUGGUGGAGGCGCUGCCGAAGAUACUGCCAAUGUUCGACAGCAUGUUGAUUGACUAUGUGGAAAAACGCUUCCGUGAGAAAUUGAAUAUUGAUGUGUGGACAAAAUAUAUGGUCAAUCGUAUUGAAGAAAGAUCUAUGGUAGUGAAAAAACAAGAUACAGGUGAAGUUAUCAGCAUUCCAUUUGGUAUGCUCGUUUGGGUUACUGGCAAUUCGCCGCGUAGUAUUACACUUGAUUUGAUUGAAAAGCUUGGCCCUUCUUUCCAGCCGACUCGCCGUGGACUGAAUAUCGACGAUCAUCUGCGUGUAGUUGGUACAACAAAUAUUUUCUCAAUUGGAGAUUGUACCUUUAGGCCCGGAUAUCCUGCUACCGCUCAAGUCGCGUCUCAGCAAGGUUACUAUCUCGCACGUCUUUUCAACCAAUAUGCCAAUUUCCUCGCGGAGCAAAGGGUCUCUCACCCAGACCAGUCCACCGGAAAUGCAGAUGUAUUCUCCUCUGUACUUGGAGAGCACAACAAAUUCAUUUUUAAGUCUCUCGGUAGCCUCGCCUAUAUUGGGGAAAACAGCGCCAUAGCUGACCUCGGUUCGAAAGGUAAAUCCAAAGGAUUCGCUACUUGGAUACUUUGGAGAAGCGUCUACCUUUCCAAGCUGCUCUCGCUCCGCAACCGAAUAUCCGUGCUCUCGGAUUGGUGCAAAGUCACCUUAUUUGGACGCGACGUCUCUCGCGGUUGAAGUUUCGUAAUAGACUCGUGAAUGAAAUUGCCUGCCCGGAGCAGGGUGAGAAUAAA